AUGGGGAAUAGACCAGCUGGGUCUCAUGGUGGAUCUUGUUGCUCUAGGUUUUUCGUCUGUGCUAUGGCUCUGGCUGAUGCAGUUCCUCCUUCUAAACUAAUGGAACCCGCCUUGGGCGAGUACUGGAAGCCGGAAAGCAAAUUGUUUCUCUUCCCUAAAACCAUCUUCGGCAACACUGGGAGAAAGAGUAUUACAAGAAAGGGAUUGGUUCUUAAAGGGAGCAGCCACCAUAGCGUCAACGUCCAGAGGAGGGUUUGGCGAAAGAAAGAUGGGGAGCCCGUCAUAUUGACCACCACUACUGGAAUUGUGUUGGUUAUCCAAUGGCAGCUCUUUCCAUCUAUCGUCUUGCUCUCCUCUAUUGAGAACCCCGAUUCACGAGCAGGACUCUCUCAAGUAUCUGACGUGAUUAGGCGGGGACAGGAUUCGAACCUGCAGUCUUCAGGUCAUUUUUGCGUUCUUAAUUGGCAAAGUAGUCGCGCCGACCGUGCUUGUACAAUGUUUAGGAGCGCGAAAUUAAUAAUUUUGUCUUGUAAGUGUUUCAGAGAGUUUGGAGUUCCAUCUCAGCCAGUUAGUGCAGCAUUGCCAUCUGCUGUGAUGGAUCCGUCUCCGUUGGUUGAUCAAAAUGAGUGGUCUACUGUCCCUCCUUAUCAAAGUCCACGACCAUCAUCUUAUGUUCACGAAUGGACGGAUUGGGAAGUCAGAACCACUAUCCCUCCUUAUCAAAAUGAAGGUCCAUCAUGUAGUGUUCAUCAAUGGCCGGCUUGGGAAGAAAGAAAUACUAGCCCUCCCUAUGUAGAUGAAGGUCCAGGAUCAUCUAGUGUUCAUGAAUGGCCGGCUUGGGAAGAAAGAAAUACUAACCCUCCCUAUGUAGAUGAAGGUCCAGGAUCAUCUAGUGUUCAUGAAUGGCCGGCUUGGGAAGUAAGAAAUACUAACCCUCCUUAUGUAGAUGAAGGUCCAGGACCAUCUAGUAUUCAUCAAUGGUCGGCUUGGCCAGUAAGAAAUACUAUCCCUCCUUAUCAAAAUGAAGAUCCAUCAUGUACUCAUCGUGAAUGGACCAAUCGGGGAGUGACUACAACUGAUCUAUUGGACGUAAGUAGAAGUGAUGAGGAGUAUGUUAGUGAAACUGAUGAAGAGGAUCAAGGGCGAAUUGAUGCUGAUUCUAGUGAUGACGAGGAGUCCUUUGUUGCGUGUUCUUUGGAUCCUGAUCAUGACGGUGGCUUGAAUGCCCUCGCAUGCGCCAUUCGAGAUGAAGGUGUUGAAUGGAUUGAAAACUCAAAUGCCAACAACGAAGAUGUACCGGACCCGGUGGAAUUCGUGGAAUUUGAAGAUCAACGACAACGGUUUGUCCUGGGUAAUGAAUUAAUUAAUCAAAGCGUUGUUGAUGCAUAUAGUGAACAAAAUAUUGAUCAGGGUCCUCCAAGUGAUGAAGCAUGGGCUAAUCGGACUUUUUCUGAUAAAUCAUCGCUAGUAAGGGCCUUGGACGCUUGGCACAUUGCACAUAAUGUGCAGCUUAAAGUUGUUAAGUCAAAUACAACUAGAUAUACUGUGCGAUGUGUGGUCGAUUCUUGCCCUUGGAGAUUACAUGCCUCUCAACCGAAAGGUAGUUCAUUUUUUAAAGUAAAGACUUAUAAAGGUCCGCACACUUGUUUGGUUCCAAUUCUAAAUACAAGACAUCGAAACUGUACAUCAUCUUUCAUAUGUCAAUUUAUACUACCUACACUGAAGGCAAGGCUUACAAUGAGUCCUAUAGAAAUUCAAGCCCGAAUUCAGAGCGAGUUACAUGUUACCAUAUCAUAUAGCAAGGCUUGGCGGGCACAGAAUAAAGCACUACAAAUUAUAUACGGUAGUUGGGAGCAAUCAUACUGCGACCUUCCUCGAUACUUCUCUAUGUUGGAAUCAACAAAUCCAGGAACUAUUACAAAGAUUGAUUAUAUUAGUGUGGCGAGCAAUACGAGAAUGUUUUCACGAGCCUUUUGGGCUUUUGGACCGUCGAUUCAUGGUUGGGAGUAUUGCCGGCCAUUACUUAGUAUCGAUGCUACUCAUCUGUAUAAGAAAUACGGAGGCCAAGCAUUAAUUGCCACAGGUGUCGAUGCUAAUGGUGGUUUAUUUCCGCUAGCUUUCGCAAUUUGUGAGGGGGAGAAUGGCUCGAGUUGGGUGUGA